AGCAUGGAAAGCUGCUACUUAGCUGUAGAUAGUUAAGUCUAACAGGCUUUCCCUUUAAUCUCGAAACGACAUUCACUUGUCUACUAAGCUAUUUUACCCACCUUAUUAGAUAUCAUGGCAUUGAAGCUUUAUAUCCCGCCUUGUAUUCGCAACCCGAUUAACCAAUAUCACCCCCCACCUCCUGAUAGACCCCUCCGUAUCCAGAUCGAGGGCCCGCUUGUCGCUGUUGAAAGGCUCUUCCCUAAUAUCCAGUGGCACGUCAAAGAUAUUCAGCCUGAGUUUCCGCAGCCUGCGGGGCCGAAACUUGCCGAGUUAACGUAUUCGUUACUAUAUCGACGAAAUGCAUCACCGGAUAUUCAAGGUGAUCUUGUGGUACGGGACGAGUAUCUUGGUUGGAUAAUGCACCCAAAGCCUGUGCAGGAAAUCGAUUAUUACGGUGUUACCUUUGACCACCUUGUCCCACCCGAUGACCAUGAUCCCGAAGUCCUCCAGAUUAAUAUUAUCGAAAUCGAAGAUGAUAACGGCGUAUACGCAAACACACAUCUGCCUUUCCAUGUAGAUCUUGCAGAGUAUGCGGGGGAAAAGGUCUUAGCCGUGCCGAGGUGCUGUCAGAAAAGAAAAGGCACCACGGACCGGCGAAGAGUAAAUGAAGAUGUUGGCCGGAGGGAAGGAAGAAUAACAGUAAGAGAUAUGGAGAAAAUAGAGUAACGUAGAGUAGAGCAACGAGGACUCGAUGUAAUUUUUUAGGCUUUGGCAACGUCAGUUAUUUAUAAGUACGAUGUAGCGCCAGGUGUCACACGUGGUUGGGAUCUCUGAUC